AUGGGGUUCACCACGGGUAUACGACGCCAAUUGGCUUUGCAGCCCUGUACGUGCACUGGGCAGAGGUUGAGCAAAUUGAGACUCAUAGUGGAGGACGUUCUCUUAUCAAUUCUAAUGGACAUUGGCCUUGGUGGUCCAUCCUUUGUUGAUGCUGAACUUGUUGCCAUUCCUACUUGUGCUUGUGAUGUCAUUCCUAUUGUAGAAGAGAAGCUCUACAGUACCCUGCUCCACAACUCAAAGUUCACUGAAGCUUCAUCGCAGAAGACACCACGGACUGAGGCUCCACCAGUAUGGGCUCUGUCUCUCUCUCAGAAUGGGGUUGCGUGA